AUGCAGGGCCGUGACAAGUGGUGUGCUAAAUUGACGAGCGCCUUCUUAAGGAAAUGGUGGUUUGUGUUGGCUUCUGCUGUAGUGCUGCUACUCCUGGGCAUCAUCUGCGCAAUAUUCUUCAGCAGCUGGAUACGAAUGUUGAUAGAUCAUGAGUUGGUGCUUCGUCCCGGGUCGAUGACCUUUGAGUGGUGGGCGCGGCCUCCCGUCCGCCCGUUUGUCCGUGUGUAUGUGUACAACGUCACAAACGCCGAUGAGUUCUUAAACAACGGCUCCAAACCAAUCCUAGAUGAACUGGGACCGUACGUCUAUUCUGAGGAGUGGGAGAAGGUCAAUAUAACGGACAAUGAGAACGGCACCCUGAGCUUCCAUUACAAGAGGACGUACACCUUCAUGCCUGAACUAAGUUCCGGACCUGACGAUGAUUCGGUAGUCGUGCCAAAUAUACCUAUGCUGAGCGCAACCUCGCAGUCGAAACACGCGGCCCGGUUUCUUAGGCUGGCCAUGGCAUCCAUCAUGGAUAUCCUCAAGAUAAAACCUUUCGUGGAAGUGUCUGUCGGUCAACUAUUAUGGGGAUACGAAGAUCCACUUCUUAAAUUAGCCAAGGACGUCGUCCCAAAAGAACAGAACCUACCGUACGAAGAAUUUGGUCUCUUCUAUGGGAAAAACGGCACGUCUCCCGACCCAGUGACAAUGUUCACUGGUGGCGAUGACAUUACCAAGUACGGCAUCAUACAGCGUUACAAUCACCGGGACCGCCUGCCGCACUGGACCACGGACGAGUGUAACAGCAUCGCUGGUUCAGAUGGAUCAAUAUUCCCACCACACAUUACUAGGAAUGACACUCUAGCUGUCUACGACAAAGACAUGUGCCGCCUUCUACCUCUAAGGUAUCUCAAAGACGUCGAAUCGUCAGCGGGAGUGGCUGGAUAUCGCUUCACUCCUCCAGAAGACGUCUUUGCAGACAACGAGCACAAUAAAUGCUACUGUCCCUCCGGGCCGCCGUGCGCGCCAAACGGACUGUUCAACGUGUCCCUGUGUCAAUACGAUUCUCCCAUCAUGCUGUCGUUCCCUCACUUCUACUUGGCUGAUGAAAGUUUCCGUGAAGCUGUCGAGGGGAUUUCCCCCCCGGAUGCCGAGAAACAUAGACUAUAUAUAGAUAUACAGCCGGAGAUGGGUACAGCAAUGAGAGCUCGUGCCAGGAUCCAGAUCAAUCUGGCUGUGUCCCAAGUGCUGGACAUCAAGCAAGUCGCUAACUUCCCCGACAUAGUGUUCCCUAUACUUUGGUUUGAGGAGGGUAUAGACGAACUGCCCGAGUCUGUAUCAUCAAUGCUCCGUUUGGCCACCAAAUUACCUCCCAUAGCGCGCGCGGCGCUAGGAGGAGGACUAACGGCGCUUGGAGCAUUACUUGUGCUGCUGGCUGUAACCUGCCUUAUACGAUCCUCUCAUCGUCAGAGCACUCUUCGUCUCGAAGGUCACGCGGUGUCCAAGCCACCGCCGGCGAGCAACAAGGAGAACGGAUACGAAUUAAACAGAAGAUAA